CGAAACACGUGUAAAUGCGUGUGUGUGUGUUCCGUUCCCCCUCUAAGCGGCCCAGCACCAGUCCGAGGCAAGACAGCCGAUAAUUUGCGAGCCCGUAUUAAGACUUCGAUCCGUUCCUGUUCGUGACACCUCUAUUAUUUAUUAAAAAUCAAAAGCAGCUAGAAGAAUGCCUUCCGACUCAAAGAAACGCGAUGCGCAGCGCAAGAAGGAUGCCCGCAACAAGAAGAUCCAACAGAUUCCCUCCACUAAGAAGGCCAACGGCCAGCCGGAGCGCGAACUGACGGAGGAGGAGAAGCUGUGCGCCAAGCUCGAGGAGGAGGCUCGCAUUAGUGCCGAGGCCCGCUCCUGCACCGGCUCCCUGGCUGUGCAUCCUCGCUCGCGUGAUGUCAAGAUCGCCAACUUUUCGAUCACGUUCUUUGGCUCCGAGCUGCUGCAGGACACCAUGCUGGAGUUGAACUGCGGACGUCGCUACGGCCUGAUUGGUCUCAAUGGCUGCGGCAAGUCCUCGCUGCUGGCCGUGCUGGGCGGUCGCGAAGUGCCCAUUCCGCCGCACAUUGACAUUUUCCACUUGACGCGCGAGAUACCGGCCAGCUCGAAGAGUGCCCUUCAGUGCGUCAUGGAGGUGGACGAGGAGCGCAUCAAGCUCGAGAAGCUCGCCGAGGAGCUGGCCAUGAGCGAGGAGGAUGAUGCCCAGGAGCAGCUUAUUGAUAUCUAUGAGCGUCUCGAUGACAUGUCCGCCGACCUGGCCGAGGUAAAGGCCGCCCGCAUCCUGCACGGUCUUGGCUUUGACAAGGCUAUGCAACAGAAACAGGCCAAGGACUUCUCUGGUGGCUGGCGUAUGCGCAUCGCCCUGGCCCGUGCCCUGUUCGUGAAACCGCAUCUGCUUUUGCUCGAUGAGCCGACCAAUCACUUGGAUCUGGACGCCUGCGUGUGGCUGGAGGAGGAGUUGAAAACAUACAAACGCAUCCUGGUGCUCAUCUCGCACUCUCAGGACUUCCUCAACGGCGUCUGCACCAACAUCGUACACUUGACGGCCAAGCGCCUCAAAUACUACACCGGCAACUACGAGGCUUUUGUGCGCACACGCAUGGAGCUGCUCGAGAACCAGAUGAAGCAGUACAACUGGGAGCAGGAUCAGAUAUCGCACAUGAAGAACUACAUUGCCAGAUUCGGUCACGGCUCCGCCAAGUUGGCGCGUCAGGCGCAGUCCAAGGAGAAGACACUCGCCAAAAUGGUCGCCCAGGGCCUAACCGAAAAGGUCUCUGACGACAAGGUGCUCAACUUCUAUUUCCCCUCGUGCGGCAAGGUGCCCCCACCUGUGAUCAUGGUGCAGAAUGUGAAUUUCCGGUACAACGAUGAAACGCCUUGGAUCUACAAGAACCUGGAGUUUGGCAUCGAUUUGGACACACGUCUCGCUUUGGUGGGGCCCAACGGAGCCGGCAAGUCGACGCUGCUGAAGCUGCUUUAUGGCGAUCUGGUGCCCACCUCUGGCAUGAUCCGCAAGAACUCCCAUCUGCGCAUCGCUCGCUACCACCAGCAUCUGCACGAGCUGCUCGAUCUCGAUGUCAGUCCGCUGGAGUAUAUGAUGCACGCCUUUCCCGAUGUCAAGGAGAAGGAGGAGAUGCGCAAGAUCAUCGGCCGCUAUGGCCUGACUGGUCGCCAGCAGGUCUGCCCCAUUCGCCAGCUGUCGGAUGGACAGCGUUGUCGUGUGGUCUUCGCCUGGCUCGCCUGGCAGGUGCCCCACCUUCUGCUGCUGGACGAGCCUACCAAUCACUUGGACAUGGAGACAAUCGAUGCCCUGGCCGAUGCCAUUAACGACUUUGAUGGCGGCAUGGUGCUAGUUAGUCACGAUUUCCGUUUGAUCAAUCAGGUGGCUGAGGAGAUUUGGGUGUGCGAAAAGGAGACGGUGACCAAGUGGAAGGGCGGCAUUCUCGACUACAAGGAUCAUUUGAAGAACAAGAUCACCUCAGAGAACGAGAAGAAGGCCAAGGCGGCAAAGUAGAGAGAAGCUACACAGAAAGAAAACCACACACAUUAGUUACA